CUUCGCAGCAACAGUAACUGGCUCCUGUUGAGCCAAUGAGACUAUGAUUGAGGCAACAGGUAGUUAAUGAGUAACACGGGAGAGGUGCAACCUUCAGCAGACAUUUGUUCAGCUCUUACUGUGUGACUCAUGCAGUCACAAGAAGCACACAGAUCGGCUGCGUUUGUUUAUUAUACUGGCAGGACUUGGAUAACAGGACUUUUGUGGAGGCCUUUAUGAGUUGUUUUGUUGGUUGUGACUGAGAAACAGAGCUGCUGUUAUGGCUGACCCACGAUCUCAGCCUCCGGCCGCUGGCUCGUCGGCGUCUAAACUCGACACGGUGCAAGGCCAGGUCAACGAGGUUAAAGUCAUCCUGAAAGACAACAUCAGCAAAGUGCUGGAGAGGGGCGACAGAUUAGAUGAUCUGAUCGGCAAGACUGAUGACCUGCAGGCGUCUGCUGACUCGUUCCAAAGAACAUCCACACGGGUCGCCCGGAAAUACUGGUGGAAAAACAUUAAACUGAUGAUUAUAAUCGGUGUGAUUGUGCUGAUCAUCGUGAUCCUCAUCAUCCUCUUUGCCACAAAAGUGAUAUAAAAAUCCUCUCCUUUAACCGGCUCAGGACUGAAAGCAACAACAAAGACGGUGGAUAAAGCUCACCUCUUUUAUUGAGCAUUUAAUUUUUGCACUCACGAGAGAGUCUUCCAAUCAUUUCAGCUCAAAACAAACACAUUUCAAGAUGAAUAUGUUUAUGUAAAAUCCAAAAGGAGAAAAACAUCUGCAAGCUUAUUGAUUAGGCUGCUCUGCGAUACGAUGAUAGAAACUUGGCUGAAUUACUUCCUUGAACACUCCAACAGUCUUUGACGUGUAAUAUUUCACAAAGGAUCACAAAUCCAAAUGUUUAUUUUUAUUUUAUCGCAUUUCUGUAUGUCCAAUUAACUGUAUAUAUAUAUUAACUUAUAUAUACUGUAUGUUUAUGACUGAAACUCUGUAAUGACAAAUGUAUUAUAUGACUGAUAAAUAUGAUAAAGAGGAUAAAUUGCAUUUGAUGCAUUCUUUGCUACCACAAAACUGUAUAAUAUAUAUAUAUAUAUGUGCAAUCUGUUCCAACCAAUCUAACAUUUCAGUCUGUGUAAUAAUAAAUGAAGCAAAUUCACAAAUAGCAUCUGAGAAACAUUAAAUACAAAAACAAGAAGAGAUGAGGAACGCAAACUGCUAAAACUUUGCAGCAAUCUAAAUAAAUGCAAAAACACCAAAACUUGUAACAACGAACACGCCGGUAAAUGUAGAGGAAAUGUGCUGUAGGUUCAUAGCGCUCUUCAUUAUUCUCUUACAAUCAGCUUAGUGCUCUUUGCUGGAUACCAUCAUCUCUCUGGCCAAUGCUCCACCAGCCCACUGCUGUCUUU